AUGGCCGCCGCGGCCAUGUCGUGCUCGGCGUUCGCGGGCCCGCUGUGCAAAUCCGGCGUGGGGCGAACGUGCACGCUCUACACCAAGUACUCCGAGGACGGGGAUGUCGUCUACGAGGGCUUGUCCGAGGGCCAGCUGCUGAAUUCGCUCAUCGACCAGGCGGACCUGGAUUGCGGCGACACGGGCGACAGGCGCCUGAGGGCCUACAGGGAGCUUCGCGACACCGCCAGCAGCCACUGGUGGCAGACUACUUUCGACUUGAAGCACAGGAGCCUUCCUGCAUUGCCUAUGCUGAUCUACUUCCUCUACGUCGGGCUUUUUGUGUUCGUCACCGUGGGAGUUUAUCCCCACAUCUUCGUGGACUGCAGGGGCCAGAAAUGCCUCUUGUACAACCUCUCUGUCCCCGUCCAGCUCGUGACGGGUGCCAUGUUCUUUUUGUUGACGUUCCGCACGGACUUGUGCUACAGUCGGUGGUGGGAGGGCCGUGUGCACUGGAAGCUGCUGGACAUUGCGACGACUAACAUCGUAUUAAACUCGAUCAUGGCCAUGGGCAACAACAACCUGACAAAGGCCGUCGCCAGAUGGGCGAUCGCAUACCCGCUCAUCGUGAAAGCUCACAUCCGGAAAGAUGGUGACAAGAAACUGCGUGACGGGCUUCGCAAAGUCCUGGUGGAGGGGGAGAUUGUGAAUGUCAUGCGGUCUCGGCACCGCCCCAACCAUGUGCUCACGCAGAUGACCUGCAUCGUGCAACAGGCUGUGGACACACAAGCCAUGACCCUGAUGUGGAUGUCACAGCUGACCAGUGACAUCUCAAACCUUCAGCUCUAUUUUGCGGGCGUGGACAGAAUCGCUGGGUCGCCAAUGCCCUUUGCCUACACCUCGCAUAGCAGGACAUUCAUGAUGAUCUGGCUGCUGGCAGUGCCCCUUUCUAUUGUGCACGACCUCGAGUGGUUGACAAUUCCCGUCUCAGUCCUCAUUGGCUACUGCAUCCUUGGUAUCGAGGGCAUCGCUGACGAAAUUGAAAACCCCUUUGGGAAAGACAUCAACGACCUGGACCUGGACGCCAUCGUGCGCUCGUGCACGGGCGGCCUGCUGCAAUGCGUGGACACUAUAGAGAGCAUCGAAGACGACGUUGCGCUUUGGGGGAGGCGGCUGAAGGCCAAGGCCAUGGGCCACUGGGUGGGGGAGAAGGGCACUUCGUACAUGGCCAAGGCCACGGCACGGGCGAGGAAGAGGAAGCUGAUGCUGAGCAAACACGGGAAGAACCCAGUGUGUGCUUGA